GAAAAGUUUACAAAUGGUGGAAUGUUGCUGCUUUUACAAACAACUGUCAACAACAACCUUGUUAACCUGAAGAUUAUGUUACCUGCACAAUGGAAUAAAAACCGGAACUAAGUUAACUCGGAUCUAAUAUGGAUCGAGGAAAAUACAGUAAAACAAAUAAAAAAACAGACAGCCGGCUAUCAGCCAAGUCAGCUGCUAUAAUAGAAGAGGUGUUACCAGGAUAUGAUGAAUAUCUGCUUUUACUUCAGGAAAAAAACAGAUUAGUAAAGAAACUACGUAAAAAAGACAAGAAACAAGUAGACUUAGAGAGAAAAGAGCAGGGUUUUUCUCUGUAUGUAAAUGGAGCUAAUGCUGAACUUCAACCAACAAUUGAUACAUCCCCAUCAUCAGCUAGUAAAUCUAGUAAACAGAAACUACCUAGAACAGCUGGAGAAGUUCGAAAAGCACAUGGACCUCUCACCCACAGAGAUCUGGAAUUUCUUGCUAAAGAAGAGAGAGAAAGAAUGAGAGAAAGGCAACGAGCCAAAACAGCACCUACAAAAACUCGUAGAAAGAAUUGGAAUGUUGAAUCAAUAGAACUAACAACGGAAAAAGGAGCUAAUAGAAGGAUACAUGCACCAGAGAUAUUAACAGGAAGAUAUGAAGAAGAUUUUGAAUCUGAUAAUAGUUCUGAUGGUGAUAUGGAAAUAGAUGCUGCAAAUCAUACCAGACCAACCUCACCUAGAAAAACAAGCUAUGUCAAGAAGAAAGCGACUGAAAUACGACAAGAGAUGGCGAAUAAUAGAAUGACAUUAAAUAUAAAUGAUGUUAAGAAAUUGCGACAAAGUUUAGAAAUGAACGGCAAUAUUAAACAAAGUCUAGCUAUGGAAAUUAGCUCAGUACCAAUACCUGUUCCUUUCACGGAAGAUUCUUCUUACUCCAGUGAUGAUAACUAUAUUGAAGAAAUUAUCCAGGAUGAAUCUGAAGAUGAGUUAGCACCAACAAUAGAAGAAGAGUCAGAUGAAGAUGAAGUAGAAGAAGAAUUAAUAUCAUCAGUAGAUAGUUUAAACAUCAAUAACUCAUCAGAAAAAAAACUUAAUCCUUUUAAACCAGGAGAAACUAUUGUUCUAGAAUUUGCGCCGAAUGCUAAACAGAGAGUUGAACGUAAUUUAUCAACUGUUAAAAGAAAAGAAAACGAUGGUCCACUUCUGUCUGCACGGAAGUCGUCUGAAAGUCUUAUAUCUCCUAGAUCAGGAAAACAAGUUAUCCUUAAUGAAACAAAAGAAUUACAGUCAGUUUCAAAACCUAAGAAACAGUUACAACCUAUAUCAGCCAAUAGAAAAAGUUCUAAUGGAGGGAAAGAUAGUCAAGAAGAGGCAGCAGCAGUUUUAGCAGCGUUACGUGCCGAGAAUGCACAAGCUGAAAAAUACACUAAGGAAAUCAAAUCCAAAACAAAAUUUACACCAGACAAGGUAGUGUCAAAAAGUCCUCGACCUAGUGCCUUAUCGUCUCCUGUAAAAUCUUCACAAUCUCGUCCACUUCCUGUUUUAUCUACUAGUUGUGAUAAUGGUGAAUUAACAGAUAAAAAAUUAUCAGAUAUUGUAGAGAAAGUUCUGGUAAUGCCACCCAAACAACAGUGUCGUCUUGUUAAGUUAUUAGAGAAAUUAGAUGAUGAUACUGCUAAAUAUAAACCUAACACUGAAUCCAGUCAAAUUUAUUCUUCGAAAAAACCUUUAAAAGCUAUCACUCCAGUCUCCAGUAUGGUUCAAAAACAGAUAAAUGAUAGUGAUAUUGAAGUUAAUAUAGAGAUUUUAUCUAACUGGGGUCAUCCAUCUAGAUUAGGAUUAACAGAGAUACAGUUUUAUAAUCAAGAUAAACAGUUAAUACCAGUUAAUUGUAAUGAUGUGACAAUACAUGGUGGUAAUAAAACACAUGCUUCUAUAGAUGUUUUAUUUAAUGGUAAAGCAAAGACAACUAAAGAAAGGUAUAUGUGGCUUUGUGAUUUUUCUGGUAAAAGAUUAGAAUUUGUGAUACCUUUAAAAAAUCCAUUUCCAGAAAAACCUUUUGAACUUUCUACUAUUAAACUAUGGAACUGGAAUAAAAGUAUAAAUGGUUUAGAUAUGGGUGGUAAACAUGUUCGUGUAUUUGUUGGUGGAGAGUUAGUAUAUGAUGGUGAUAUAGAUAAAGGUUGUGGUAAUCAUAUAUACGACUACAGUACAUCAAUCACUGUUAAAAAUAAUACAAUGGAAAAUAAAAGUUUCUCAGAGAAUGGCUCUAAAACUCCGUCCAGAGAAAAUUCUCAUCAUACAUUCCGAAGUAUCAGUCGUUCCUCGCUGUCUUCAGCAUCCUCGUCAAGUUCAUCCCGUCCAGUAUCAGCAACACAGCCACAGCAAAGUCCUGUUCGUAGUGAAACUAGAACUGUUUUAAAUAGUGAUAAUAGAUUAAACCGUCCUGUUAUAAGUGGUGAUGGCUCCGAUUCCAGUCCAGAGAGUGAUCAGCCCAGAAGAGAUCCAUAUAAAUUACCGGAACAAACAAAAUGCAAGACACCAAGAAAAUCAAAACGUUUAGUAGCCAGAUUAGAUGGUCAUUCGUCAGAAACUGAAUCAUCUAAAUCUGUUAAUGACAGUAAUGAUCAGAAACCACCAAGGUUACCAACCAGUAGAUCUAAUAACAGUUUAUCUGGUAGUUCUGAUAAUAAAUUAUCAAAAAAUAGAUCAAGUCCUAGUCCGACUAGUAGUAAACCACCAACACCUAGGCGAUCGGCCCAACGUACACCAGACGAACUAGAUUUUGAACCUGAAGAUCUCUCUGUUUUACAUAAAAUAAAAGAUAUGAAAAAUAGUGAGGGAUCUAGAAGAAAAGAUAUUCCUAAAUGGUUGAAUAGAGAAGAUUUUAGUGCUGAUCGUUUUGAAGGACCACCUGAAAGUCGUGGUAGUAGUAGAAAUGACAUGAGGUCUGAAGAAAAGACUAGAUCGUCCAGUAGAAAAAGUCAGAAUAAAGCAUCAGAACCUGUAGAUGAUUUGUUAAAUGAAUUAGAUGAUGCCCUGGCACCUUGGCAAGCGGCUAGAGUAAAUCCUUUACCUAACAUGUCAGAUGACAAAAAGACAAAAGUGAAAUCUAAGUCAGCAGUAGAGGAAGAAGAAGAUGAUCUUGAAGAUACCUUGACAUCACCCAUGGAGAGAAUUGAAAGAAAUAGGUCAAGAUGGAGAGAAGCAAAAAAUUCCAAUUUAGAAGAAUCAUGGGGCUCACUUUCAUUCUUUAAUAGAUCACAAAGAGGUCGUCUGUCUGUUGACAUGGCUGAUGAUGCUUUAGAUGAAUACUUGCCAUCUUCGAAGAAACUUAUCCAAUCAGAACCAACAAUACAAGAAGAUGAAAUGCCUGAGAAUGAAGAUGAUUUUACGAUACCAGAAUUGCCAUAUGGUAGAGAACUGGUGAUUAAUAUUAGUAGUACAUGGGGUGAUCAUCAUUAUGUUGGUUUAACUGGUGUAGAAAUAUUCUCUAGUACUGGUGAUAAAGUUCAAGUUACUAAGGUUACAGCUAAUCCAUCAGAUAUCAAUAUAUUACCUGAAUACUGUAAAGAUCCACGUGUUGUAACUAAUAUAAUAGAUGGUGUUAAUAGAACUAGAGAUGAUGUACACAUGUGGUUAACACCAUUUACACAAGACUCUAAUCAUUAUGUAUAUUUAACAUUUAAUAAACCCUGUAGAGUUUCUUUAAUACGAGUUUGGAAUUAUAACAAAUCUAGAAUACAUUCAUAUCGAGGUGCUAAAGAUGUGGUGAUGAAGUUAGAUGGUAAUAUUAUAUUUAAAGGUGAAAUAGCCAGAGCUUGUGGUGGUAUAGAAGGUGGAACAGAAGCUUUUGGUGAUACCAUCUUAUUCACAACAGAUGAAAGUAUUCUAGAAGAAGUUUCUAAAAAUGAUGAAGCUUUUGAAGGAGAAUUAUUCAGUGAUGGUGAAGAAGAAGAUGUUCCAUUUGAACGACCCAGCACUGCUGAUAAUGGAGAGGAGAGACCAUUUACAAGAGCUGUUGGUGUGAUACCUAAAUCAGAAUACCAGGAACGACCAGAAACUAGUUAUAUUACUACAAUAGAUGAUGUCACAGCUUAUAAAACUAGAUCAUUGGAACUGAAUUUUACAGCAACCUGGGGUGACCCACAUUAUUUAGGAUUAACAGCUCUAGAAGUUGUUGGUAAAGAUGGUGAAGCUUUACCGUUAAAACUAUCAAUGUUAACAGCUCAACCAAGAGAUGUUCGUAUUCUACCAGGUCAUGAACGAGACGAUAGAACCCUGGACAAAUUAAUAGAUGGUACUGCUGUAACAAUGUUAGAUGAACAUAUGUGGCUUAUACCAUUUGCUGAAAAUAAGAAUCAUCUACUAACAAUCAAAUUUCCUGAUAGAGUGCUAGUAACUGGUUUACGUAUAUGGAAUUAUAACAAGAGCCGUGAAGAUACUUAUCGUGGUGCUAAAAUAGUUCAUGUAAAAAUAGACGGACGUCAAGUUUCUCCACCAUCGGGUUUCUUAAUACGAAAAGGUCCUGGAAGCUGCCAUUUUGAUUAUGCCCAAGAAAUUAAUUUUACUUGUAAAAAUAAUAAUAGUACAGAUGGAUUAACGGUAUCACAUACAGGCGGGGUUGAAACAAGUCAAGAUUAUGAAGCUGUACAGAUGCCUUGUGGAUUUAUUUACCAAUUUCAACUGUUUUCAACAUGGGCAGAUCCAUACUAUGUAGGAUUAAAUGGUAUAGAACUUUAUGAUGCUAGUCUGAAAAAGAUUCCACUCACAGACACUAAUAUAUCAGCGUAUCCAGAUAGUGUAAAUGUAUUAGAUAAUGUACAGAAUGAUAUUAGAACACCAGAUAAACUGAUUGAUGGUGAAAAUGACACUACAGAUGGUAAACAUAUGUGGCUAGCACCAAUAUUACCUACAAUGUUAAAUCGAGUAUAUGUGAUAUUUGACCAACCUACUACUGUAUCUAUGAUAAAAAUAUGGAACUACAGUAAAACACCAGGAAGAUGUAUCAAAGACUUUGCAUUAUUAGUAGAUGAUUUAUUAGUAUAUAAUGGUACGCUAGAACCUGUGUCUGCUGGUGCCAGAGGUAUAAUACCAACUUGUACUGUUCCACAAAAAUAUCAUACCAUACUCUUUACGCAAAAUCCUGAUAUUGUAUGCAAAGAAAAAAACACGAUCAUUAAUAAUCAUGCUGGAGAACAGGAUGUACAAUUAUUAAAUGAUAAAAAAAUUAUAACUAAAUAUUCUGAUCCAAAAAAAGCUCAGUCUGGCAAACCUGUCAAUCAAGAAUUGAGACCAAAAACAAGUGUAACAGCUCAUAUGAAAGGCAGAAGAUGAUACCAACAGAACUUUUACUUCAGCUUCAUUAUUCAAUAAAUUUUUUCUUCAUUCACUAUAUAAGUCCAUCUUUAUUACGUGAUAUUUAAGUUAUUGGAUAGUUUGAUGGUUUGUUAAGCAAUAUGAAUAUGCAUUUUUUACAAAUCAUGACUUUAAUAUGUUUGUAUCAUGAUUAUCUUAUAUAUUAGAACUUAUAAAUAAUUAGUUAUAUUACACUGGUAAUAAGCUUAUUUCAGUCAGAAAUGAAUCAUUUGCUAUUAUUAAUCAGCUUAUUAAUUUCAAAUUCAGGCAGUUUAAGCUCCAUUCUAUUAAAACAAAAUCUCAUAUAAUAUCCCUGGUUUCUCUCGAUAACUUCAUUAAAUGUAAAUAGAUACUAUUUUUGUUGCUAACUUAUUUAAGAAUUGGGCUUUUGAAACAAAUAUUAAAAUUUGAGAAAUUUUGGUAGGUUUUCAAAUAAGAGUAAACUGUAAGUGACCAUAAUAUAUUAUGAUUUUAAACUUGGCAAAGAAUGGACAUGAUUGGAUCGAUGACCACAUUGCUAGUUUCAACAUGUUAAUUAUUAUACAGAUGUAUUAAUUAUUUGAGAAAAUGUCAGGAUAUCCUGUUGUUCAGUAGAACUAGAAGCUAACAUGUCAUCCCAAGCCAUUAUUAAGAAUACAUGUUCAUACUAUUUACAACAACAGAUCUUGUCCAUCACUUUUAACAACACCAGAUCUUGUCCGUCACUGUUAACAACACCAGAUCUUGUCCGUCACUGUUAACAACAGAUCUUGUCUAUCACUGGCCUGUGAAAACAUUUCGAAGAGAAUAUUCUAAUGAACAUAGCACAUAAGUGUAGAAGUAGGUGUGUGUGAAAAUGCACAUUAUGCAAGCUGAAGGAAAGCAAAUUAAUUUUUCUCCAGAUACAUAAUCUUUAGCUAAUAAUAUUUCUUCAGACAUAAAAACUCUUAAUUUUUAUAUUAUUCUUUAUGUAUAUUACUACAGAUAUAUAUUAAUUGUUAUAUGUAUAUUACAUAUAGAUAUAUUGCUUUGUUAUAAAUGUAUAGUGCCUAUUGAAAGAUUGUAUAAAGGAUGUAAAUAUGGAGAUAAAAUGUUACUACUGCAACUUGUACCAAGAUGUUUUAGUAUGUCAUGUUAUUUUCUGUGUAUUUCAUAUGGUCACAAACUUUCUUCUUUAAGAUGUGCGGUGAAUGUGAACACAUUGUUUGAUGUAGAACUUUGUUAUGAUUAUAUUGUUUAACAAUGUACCUCAUUUCUACUAAUAGCCUUCAGUGAGAAAGAUAGGUAGUCCUGAUAAUAGCCCUGGAGAAACUCAAUCAGGAAUUUUGAAUAUCAGGACUGCUAAAUUUUUGUCCAAAUUAAAAAUUGUAAUUCUAACAGAUAUAGAAUAUCAAUGGAUACAACAACAAAAAAUGAAAGUAAUAUGUUUGAUUUGUAUGAUGGAAAUGGAAGUGAAUCUUUAUUACAAUCCCUCCAUAUUGUUUUUGUAUUUUGACUGUGAUAAUCAUCAUUUUUACAAAAAUAUCAUCAAUCAAAAUAUAUGUUGUCUUGUCAUAAUUUCGCUUUACGUGUCAAUCCCUAAACUUGAAAAUUGCAUAAUAAUUAUAUUAAUUGACAUCCAUGUGCAUCCGUCCUAACCUAUUCCUCGCAAUGAAUAUGAAUUCCAGUCUCUACUCCUUUAGUUCAAGGUGCAGGUAAUUGAAGUUUUGUGUCCAGAAAUUAGUAGGCCUACUAGAAAAAGGUCUAGUAUAGAUUUCUGGAAAUAUUUAACUUUUGAAUGUGACAAUAAAGGCGAGUCCUUCAGUUGGUAGAAAAACAAUACUCCAAGAGGUCUUUCACCAGAGAAUGGCCAGCAUUUCCUCAUGUCAAAUAGACUGGGGGUGUGGGGUGCAAUUGGUUAAUGUGUGCGUGUUGUAUCAGCAGGUCUGUCAUUGAGUCAAGUGGCUUGGUUUUGAAUCCCCGCUUGUGCGUGACAAAGAGUAGGGUCGCCUGUCCAACCUCAUUGGGUUUUCAACCAUGUUAGUCCCGAAAUGACCUAUUUUGUGUCUAGUAGACGUUAACCCCAUUUGUCUCUCUCUCUCUAUCAAACAGACUUAUAUAAUAGUAUUGAAUAUUAUUGCAUACAUAGUUUUCGGAAAAUGAUAUUAAUUUUCUUUUACUCAUUUUUUUGUGUAUCUGCUGUUUAUCUCUGUAUAAUCAAAAUGAGCUAUUAUUGUUAUGUAUAUUGUAUUGAAUUUCAUCGAAAUAAAUCAUCCAUUUAUA